AUGAAAAUACUAUUAACUUUAAUAAUUUUAUUUUCAAGCUAUCUUUUUUCUAAAGGACAACCACCUGUUGAUGUUGGUAGACUAAGACCUUUAGAGAUAAAUGGUUUAUGUUCCAGGUAUUAUGGCCCCAGUUUAGGCGAAAAUAAAAGACCAAAAUAUUGCUGUGGUGAAAACCCAUUCCUUGCUCCUGAUGGAACUGUUUUGGUACAUAAUGAAGAAUCAUUUAAUCAAUGGUUUGAUUCUGAUGCCAAUUGUACCAAUUAUCUAUUUACUUUCCCUCUAACUUUUGAUGCAUGGGAAGACACAGUUCAAAUAGGUUAUGGUGGUCAUGGUGGGCAUUCAUUUGCCCCAACCGUGGGUCUUGGUUUUGGUAACCCAGCUGAUUUUCCUGAAUAUGCAGGUGAUCCAUUCAAUCAAUACUAUUGCGUCGAACUUCAUUUUUCAACGGUUGCUACCGAUCCUGAUACUAAUUAUUUCAGUUUGCAAGCACAUGGAGAACUUUGGGUAUAUUUCAAUAAUAGUUUGGUUUUUGAUAGUGGUGGCGAUACACUAGGUAGCGGCGCUGCUACCAAGUUUGAGUACAGAUCUAUUCCAAUGGUCAACUUUGAUGGUACAACUGUUUACCCAAUAGAUGUCUAUGCCUGUUUAAGAUCUAUUGAUAAUGCCCCAGAUGGAUCUCCAUUUAUUUUGUUUUCAGAGGCAAAUAUUUUCUCACCAUGUAUCGAUGAUCCACUAUCGUGUGUAGCCAAAACACCAAUAUGUGGAAAUUGCAUAUCAGGACAAAGACAAUGUAGCGGUCAGUCAACCACAUGUUCCACACCAAAAUGUAUCGAGGGCCAAGGUUGUCAAAUGGUGGAUAUUGACUGCAGUGAUGAAGAUGUUUGUAUCGAAAAUUUGUGUGAUGAUCUAUUAGGUUGUAUUGGUAACCCUAUACCAAACUGCUAUUGUAACUCGACAACUUGUAUAACCACAGAUGAAUGCCUUCCACGUUCGUGUAUUGAUAAUCAAUGUAUUGCUGCUCCAGUAGAUUGUUCUAUAUUUUUACCAAAUUGUGAAGAAUCAUUUUGUAACGCUGGUGAAUGUAUCUGUACUAUAAAUCCUGGCACCACUGGGGAAGUCACAUCUGAAGUUGUAACCACAACUGAUUUACCAACUAUUACAUCCACAAUAUCCGUUACAACCACAUCAACCACUAUUAUAUCAGCCACUGCCACAUCAGCCACUACCACAUCAGCCACUACCACAUCAACUGGUUCGGAAACAUCCAUUGGCAUUACCACCCACUACAGACCAGAGAUAUAUAUUUGCUCUGAUGACUCUUGCCCAUAUGAAUACUGUUGUAUACAAUUAAAGAAGAGCUAUACUUGUGUUUCAAAAUAUUUUGAACAUCAAUGUUCCCCUCAAAGAUUACCAGACUAUUUUUAA